CGGGGGGAGCACAGCGCCAGACUGCGUACCUCGUUCAUCGGGGAAUGGUCGCAACCUCAGGAAGGGAAAGGGGCCUAGAGUUUGCGAAGUUGAGUCCAGUGGUUCUUUGGACAGUGCGUCCUCGGAGUGAAUUUUUGAAAGCGUGCAGAGGCCUCCGGGGCUGCUGGCAGGAAGGCCUGUUGCAGGAGAAAAUCAGGGAGCUGAGUAUCAAGAGAGGGCUUCCUGAGGAGGUCAUCGUUGCUGCAGGGUUUGGAUCCCGGAGUCGUAAUGACCAAAGGAAUUUCUGUGGCGCAGGGCAAAGGCCCCACGAUCUGGCAGAGCAGUCUAUUAAGUAGUUAGAGGCCAGGGCAGCUAGCUUGCUGGAGCGGUGGGGAAAUUGGUGUUUUUCCUCCCUCAUUGUCACUGAGAUGGGAGCAGCCCGGAGAGGAAGCUCCAGCCCCAGCUCUGGUGCUUUGUUGUUGUAUAUCUUGUGUGUGUGUGCGUGCAUGUAUGUUUGUUUUCUCGUUCCUUUGGGGUACUUAUCUCAUCCUUGGCCCCUGGUAGUAUGAUAGGCUGAAACUUGCUGGUCUCCUUAUUGUGUAUAGUGAGAAAAACGUUUUAAGGGGCAAGAGGAAUUCUAGGUUAGAUAAAAUUUCCAAGAUGAGGAAUUUGUCCCCACCCCACCCUGGGGCCACCGUAUGCCUGCAUUCCCUUGAGACUCUUGCUAAUGUGGAUGCUGAGGACCUAUCACCACCAUUCCACCUCCCAACAAAGAGGGUGUAUCUGCCCUCUCCUGUCCCCAGCUCCCUCUGGAAGUUUAACCUCUCCCUCCUUUUUGCUAAAUGACUGACUGACACAAAGGUACUUGCUGCUAGGAACAGGAAAUGUGUUGAAGAACUGUUAAUCUGGAUGGAAUGAAUUGAGAUCACACCAAGACUCCCUCUGAAGGUUCCCGGAAAUGCCUGCUUUUUUGCCUUCCCUUUAAAGGGAGAGAAAAACAGGUGGGUGAAAAUGAAAGCAGGCUGUAGCAUCGUGGAAAAGUCAGAAGGAGGUGGAGGAUAUCAGUUUCCUGACUGGGCCUAUAAAACAGAGUCAUCCCCAGGCUCCCGGCAGAUCCAGCUGUGGCACUUCAUCCUGGAGCUGCUGCAGAAGGAAGAGUUCCGCCAUGUCAUUGCCUGGCAGCAGGGAGAGUAUGGGGAGUUUGUCAUCAAGGAUCCAGACGAGGUGGCCCGCCUCUGGGGCCGCAGGAAGUGCAAACCACAGAUGAAUUAUGACAAGCUGAGCCGGGCCCUCAGAUAUUAUUACAACAAGAGGAUCCUUCAUAAGACAAAAGGCAAAAGGUUUACUUAUAAAUUUAACUUCAACAAGCUGGUGAUGCCCAACUACCCAUUCAUCAACAUUCGGUCAAGUGGUGUGGUUCCUCAGAGUGCGCCACCGGUGCCAACAGUGUCUUCCCGGUUCCAUUUUCCACCUCUGGACACCCAUUCUCCAACUAGUGAUGUGCAGCCAGGGCGGUUCUCUGCUAGCUCCCUAACUACUUCUGGCCAGGAGUCUUUGAGUAAUGGGACUGACAGAAAGGCAGAGCUUUCGGAGCUGGAGGAUGGCUCAGCCACAGACUGGCGCAGGGGCGUGGAUCUCAUGCCCUCCCGGAAUGCUGUCGGUGGAGGCGGAAUUGGUCAUCCAAAACGCAAGCCUGACCUAAUGCUUCCUCUGUUCACUAGGCCAGGGAUGUAUCCUGAUCCCCACAGUCCCUUUGCUGUCUCUCCAAUCCCUGGCCGUGGAGGUGUCCUUAAUGUCCCCAUUUCACCAGCCCUCUCCCUGACUCCCACCAUCUUCUCCUAUAGCCCCUCACCAGGCCUGAGCCCCUUCACCAGCAGCAACUGCUUCUCCUUCAACCCUGAGGAAAUGAAACACUACCUUCAUUCUCAAGCCUGUUCUGUGUUCAACUAUCACCUGAGUCCCCGGACUUUUCCCCGUUACCCAGGGCUCAUGGUUCCACCCCUACAGUGCCAAAUGCAUCCUGAGGAGUCAGCCCAGUUUUCUAUCAAGCUGCAGCCCCCACCAGUUGGGCGGAAGAACCGGGAGAGGGUCGAGAGUGAGGAGUCAGCACCUGUCACUGCUCCCACAAUGGCUGCAGUCCCUCCAAGAAUUAAGGUGGAGCCUCUCUCUGAAAAGGAUCCUGAGAGUCUCAGGCAGUCAGUACGAGAAAAAGAGGAGCACUCUCAAGAAGAGGGCACAAUGCCAAGCCGGACCAUAGAAGAGAAAAGCACCAUCUUUGCCCGCCCAGCCGCACCUCCCAUCUGGCCCUCUGUACCCAUUAGCACCCCAAGUGAAGAACCCCUACAGGUGACUGACGACAGUGAGGACAGGCCUGGUAAAGACUCCAGCGUACCCGAGAAGAAAGAAGAUGCCCUGAUGCCCCCCAAGCUUCGAUUAAAGCGGCGCUGGAAUGAUGACCCAGAAGCCCGAGAGCUGAGUAAGAAUGGCAAGUUCAUCUGGAAUGGGUCAGGACCCCGGGGCUUGGCAGCAGCAGCUGCUGAUGCUUAGGACUGGAAGUAGAUUGGAAGCUGUUUAUAUUAUAAUCAAAUACAUACUGUAUUUAUGUAG